CUAACUAAGGCCACCUCAAAACAAGACCCAUUUGAUAACAGCGAUCAUGGUGGCUAAGGCCUUAGCACAGCUGAUAACAUGCGCCAUCUUCUUCUUCCACGCGGUAGCUUCCGUAGAUGACAUCACCAUACGCCAAGUCACGGACGAUGGUCGUCAAGUGCGCCCUAAUCUCCUCGGAACUCACACGGAGAGCAAAUUUCGGGUUUUUAUGUCGGACUUCGGCAAGAGCUACUCCACAAGGGAGGAGUACGUUCACCGCCUCGGGAUAUUCGCCAAAAACGUCCUCAAGGCGGCUGAGCACCAGAUGAUGGAUCCUACUGCCGUCCAUGGAGUUACGCAGUUCUCUGACCUCACCGAAGACGAGUUCAAGCGGAUGUACACCGGAGUAGCCGAUGUUGACCGCGGUCAUGGCGUUACGGUUGGAGCUGAGGCACCCAUGGUUGAUGUUGAGGGAUUACCUGACGAUUUUGACUGGAGGGAGAAAGGUGGAGUUACUGAGGUUAAGAAUCAAGGUGCAUGUGGAUCGUGCUGGGCUUUUAGCACGACAGGAGCAGCUGAAGGAGCCCAUUUUGUGUCCACCGGGAAGCUCCUCAGCCUUAGCGAACAACAACUUGUGGAUUGUGAUAAAGCGUGCGAUCCAAAGGACAAGAAAGCUUGCGACGAUGGAUGUGGUGGGGGGCUCAUGACAAAUGCCUACGAGUAUUUGAUGGAGGCAGGAGGCUUAGAAGAGGAAAAAUCAUAUCCGUACACCGGUAAACGUGGCCAGUGCAAGUUCGAUCCUGACAAGGUUGCGGUAAAAGUAGUGAACUUCACGACUAUACCAUUGGAUGAGAAUCAAAUCGCAGCAAAUUUAGUUCAACAUGGUCCCUUAGCAGUGGGAUUAAACGCUGUGUUCAUGCAGACGUAUAUAGGAGGAGUGUCGUGUCCGCUUAUAUGCAGCAAGAGAAAGAUUAACCACGGAGUACUUCUUGUUGGGUACGGAUCAAAAGGGUUUUCGAUCUUGCGGCUUAGUAAUAAACCCUAUUGGAUUAUAAAGAACUCGUGGGGGAAGAAAUGGGGAGAGGAUGGGUACUACAAGCUGUGUCGUGGCCACGAUAUAUGUGGGAUUAACUCGAUGGUCUCUGCGGUAGCCACCCGAGUUUCUUCGUAGAUUGGUCUUGUCUUUCCUCCGCACACUUGUUUUUCAUUUUAUGAGUUUAGGAGUGAAGUUGGUGGGUUUGAAUAUUGGGUGUCUUACCCCGACCGCUGUCUCGACAGUCUUGUAGUAACGAUGGGUGAUUUAUUUGCCUUCUAUAUAUUUUCUUGUUCUUUAUUAGUCA